AUGAGGGUGCUGAAGGAAUGUGGAGACUGCGUCUGCGCCGUGCCAACCUGCCCGCCCACGACUCAACACAGCUCAGUGGAGCAUGUCCAGCAACUCUGGAAGGAGUGGGAGAUCCAGUUGCUCGUGCUAGCGAGCUUCUCCCUUCAAGUCAUCCUCCUCUUCUCUGCAGCGUUCCGGAAGCGCCACAGCUCCCGCGUGCUGAGCGCGCUGUUGUGGCUGUCAUACCUAUCGGCAGACUCCAUCGCGGUCUUCGUCCUCGGACGCCUCGCCGCCCACACUAGUGACCCACAGCACCAGCUUGUGCUAUUUUGGGCGCCCUUCCUGCUGCUCCACCUUGGCGGACAGGACACCAUCACCGCCUUCUCCAUGGAGGACUGCAUGCUGUGGAAGCGCCACCUGCUGAACUUCACCAUCCAGGUGGCACUGGCCAUUUACAUCGUCCGCAAGCAGUGGCACGGAGGCAGUCAGCUUGUAGCUCCCAUGGUACUAAUGUUCAUCUCUGGAACUAUUAAAUAUGCUGAGAGAAUUAGGGCACUCAGGAGAGCAGGCUCAAGGAGCAGCAGCUUCAAUGCCGGUGGGAGGCAUCUUGCCUCCGGCUUGAGCAGAUAUUAUGAUGGCCUGCUAUCAAUAAUUUCUGAGAAGAAAGAGGAAAAUUUCGAACAUGUGAUGGAUGUGACCUGCGGGGGCUUCUUUAUGAAGUUUGAUUUUUUGAUGGACGUAAAUCCUCCAUUUAGCGGAAUUGAUUUACAGGAUUUAAGGAUUGCAAUUGCAGAAAGGAUUCACAGGUUUGACGAUGGAGCUAGUGAUCUAGUGUACAAGAUUGUUGAGAUUCAACUCUCACUGGUACAUGACUACUUGUACACCAAGUUUGGACGGGUCACUGGUGUGUUACAUCGACUCAUCACACUUGUCCUAACCUCUACGGCUCUCGUUUUGUUUUUGGAAGCCAGGGUUGAUCAUCAAUUGCAGGGACUAGUCAACUACAGUAGAGCUGAUGUUACCAUAUCUUACAUAUUGCUUGUGGGCGCUGUCACAAUGGAGAUAUCCUCUACCUUCAUGUGGUCCCUGUUAUCAUAUUGGCCAUACAUGCCAAUUGCAUAUUGGCGGACAUUUGAUUAUGACAAAAUCUUCCAUUGUGUACCCAAGGGUCUCCAUCCAGGAAGCAGAAUGGAGUGGUCGGGGAAGAUGAAACAGUAUAACAUGCUUGAUGGAUGCAUCCAGGAGAUACAAGCUGGCCGACUGGAACGGAUGAUGGGCAGUAUCGGCAUCAAGCGGGAUUACACAACACAUGUCGUCAUAUCUCCUGAGGUAAAGAAGGUGCUACUUGUAAAACUGCUUGAGAUAAAAACCAAUGCACCUGGUGGUGGGGGAUUGUCCUCCAGCAGCUUCCGUGGCCAAUGGUCUCAAUGGUGGGCUGCGCUCCAGACCAAAGAUUAUCUUGGUGCAGGUCAACAAUCUGAAAGUGCAGCUCAACGGGCACUUCAGUUAAGCAACAUCCAAGGUUUGGCUUUUGUGUCAAGUGUCUAUCUUUGGCACAUGGUGACUGAUAUAUGCUUAGUGGCCGAUAAGACUGCCAGUGCCUCCGAAUUCAGAAGUUUUAGCCAAGCAUUGUCCAAUUACAUGAUGUAUCUUGUCGCCAAGCGUAAUGUGAUGCUUGAUAGCUGUGCGUAUCAUGUGCUUCAUAAAAGUCGACAUAGUUUGUUGUGCACUCGUCCUGCUAUCGUUGCUGAUCGGAGUGCGUUCCUCCAGAAAGUCUAUGACGGUGUCUACCAUGGUUCCCGUGCACUUGACCAAGCUCGUGAGGUCUCCUUGGAAUUGCUUAGGCCCGAAGGAGCAGCUUAUCGGUGGGAGCUGAUUGCAACGGUAUGGGUGGAUAUGCUAUGCUACAUUGCUCGUAAUUGUGGGGCUGAAUUCCACGCCAAACAUCUAAUCACUGGCGGGGAGUUCGUUAGUCAUGUCAAAAUUGUUCUGGUUGUUCUAGGCUUUUCCUUCCAUGAGUAUGAAGAGGUCGAGCUAGCCUGA